UGCCAGGCGCGCGCGGGUCUAUCUCUGCUGUGUUGUAUCCCGCCAACUUUUAUCCCCGUCAUGUGAGGAGUUUACAGAACCAUGGAGGAAGCACCAACCCGCGCAUCGCUGCUCUUCUUCUCCUUUGUUUUCUUUUCCCUCGCCGUGACAGCCGGUUCGGCGGAGACUCACUUCGACGCCAGGGACGCCGUGGUUUUCAGCGGGCCGAAUGGGAGUUCCUUCGGGGCGUCCUUGCUGAAGUACCGAGGAGGCAGGGAGACAGACAACGGCACCUGGAUCCUGGUGGGAGCACCGGACUCUCGUCCCCAGGCGACCAAAUUUGGCGGCUCCGGUGAGGUGUACAAGUGUCGUCUGACGUCUGAGGGCUUUUCUUUCAGAGGCUUGUCAUUUUACGGUGGAAAGCCCACACCUUCCAGAAGGAAGAUCCGGUCAUGGAAAAAACGGCUGCUGAGACUACAGGGUUUCGGGAGCAUGUUGCUGCUGGACAGGAACAACAAGCCAAUGGCAUGCUCCACGUUGAAAGAGACGAAGCUGGGGUCCGGAGUGAUGCGGUCGAGGUGUUUUUCCAUCAACCGGUACCUGGCCUUGGAGGGGUACAGCGGGGUCACACCCUGUGCUGUAGACGGGACCAAUUGGAAGGUGAACAAGAAGGGGAGACUGAGGACCAAGAGCUGCCGGGGUGGUGUCAGCGUUCACGGGCUCCCUAUCCAGAGCGACGGCGAUGUCAGGCUGAAGGAGGAGGGUCUACAGGACACCGAUGGCGUCGAGGCAUCGAAGCAGUCGCCGCCACUACCUACAGACAUUCUCGCUGUUCAAGUAGGAAAGGGACAUUUCUUCAACAAGGAUGAUACAGAGACUGUCGCGAGUGCCCCAACCUACGAUGGCACCGGAAAGGUUCUCAUCCAUGACAACAAAGGAAAGGUUCUCAUCGAACUAACCGGUGAUGAGCCCGGUGCGAACUUCGGGACGUCCGUUGCUGUGGUAGACCUGAACGGCGACGGUCUGUCUGAGCUCCUGGUGGGAGCACCUCUGCACGGAGGGGACGACGAGCGGGGACAAGUCUGCGUGUACUUCAACACCGGAGAGGGGCUAGAACGUCGCCCGGAGGAAUGCCUGUCAGGGUCCAGCACUGCAACCUCACGGUUCGGGGUCGCCAUAGAAGCUAUUGGAGACAUCAACGAAGAUGGAUUUCAAGACAUCGCCAUCGGCGCUCCGUUUGAAGACGACAAGAAAGGAGCUGUAUACAUCUACCACGGAACCAAGGACGGUCUUAACUCCACUUAUGCACAGAGAAUUUCCUCGCUGGAUGACUUUGCGCUGAGAGGGUUGAAGCUGUUUGGCGCCUCCAUAGCGGGAGGGGCAGACAUGGACGGGGACGGUACCAAAGAUAUUGCCAUUGGGGCCCCCGAGAGCAGCAAAGCUGUCAUCAUGAAAGGAAAGCCCGUGAUCGAGGUUUCUGCCCAGCUGGAACUGUACCCAGACAAGAUUGACGUGCGGGAGUGCCGCAUGAAGGGGAAACUGUCCCCCUGCUUCUACGCCACGGCCUGCUUCACGUUCAACGAGAAGAGGGCACCGACAAACAUACCCAUCACCUACACGAUCUCGGCCGACGCUAACUUGAGGGGCGGGGCGUCGGAGAGCCGACUGGAGUUCUUCGGCCACCAGCACGACCUGAAGAGUGACACCACCCUGUACAACAACCGCAGGGCCUGUAAAAAACAUGGCGUCUAUCUCAAGGAUGACGCGAGCGGGUUCCACCUCCCGGCGGAGUUUUCCCUGGAGUACGAGCUGACCUGGGAGAGCAGCGAGAAGUACAACGCGCCCUUCCUCAGGAAGAAGGAGGAAAAUAUUCGUCAGAAGGUGAAGUUUACUGAAUACUGCACGGACGGUAGCGACGACUGUUACCGUCUGCCGAAACAGAACCCCAAACAGGCUGAAGCAACCAAAGCAAAGAGUCUCGUACCCGACACAAACAUGGCCGACACCGCCAUGACACAACCACCCAAGGUUCCAACCACGAUCAAGAAACUCGUCGCCUCCACAAAGAAGCCGGAGGUCUCAGAAACCAAGGCUCCGGAGAAGCCCUUAAUGCCCACAAAGGAAACCGUAAACAAGGAGUCUGACCCCAAAAUGGAGGUUGACGCUCUGCCUGCCGGCAAGCCUCACAUCGUACCCGUAGACCAACACAAGAUCAGACUAUCCAUAAAAGAAGGUGCGACCACCACCUUCCACAUGGGUGUGCACAAGCAGGAGCAGCGGCCGCUGGACUUGUUCCUGCUGUUGGACCUGUCUGCUACUAUGAAGAAGGAUCUGGCCAACAUACAGAACCUGGUGUACUACCUCCGAACGACCAUGUCUAAGGCUGCUCCUGACGUGCGCAUCGGCGUCGGAACCAUUCGACAACUGCAUGACAUGGGCUACCAGAGUUCCCGCCCCUGUACCGGAGCGAAGUGCCGCCAGCCGUUCGGCUUCCACGCCGCCCUGCCCCUCACCAACCAGUUCAACCUGCUGGAGUUCUUCCUGCGCCGCCUCACCGUAUCGGAAGGGGUCGCUAGACCCGAGGAAGGGUUUGACGCCAUGUUGCAAUCGGCAGCAUGCACGAAAAAGGUAGGCUGGCGCCACAACUCGCUGCGCAUGCUGGUGUACGUGACAGACACGCCCGUGCAGUACGUGGGAGACGCCCGGCUGGGAGACUACAUCCUGCCCAACGACGGGACCUGCCAACUGGACGCCAGGGGGGUGUUCGUCAAAAACGCGCUCCAGUCAACAGGCUAUGGUUGGAGUCCGACUCCGUAUCAAAUAGAUUAUCCUUCCAUCGGACUUCUGAAGACCAAGUUCUACGACAACAGCAUCGUCCCGAUUUUCCUGGUACCCAAGAGACAAGUGAAGGAAUACAAGAACCUCGCCAGCGCUCUGGAUGGUCAGUUGGGGAUCAUGGAGGACAGCUCAAGGAACCUGGUCAAGAUGGUCAAAUCUGCGUAUGAGCAUGCCCGAUCAGAAGUGACCCUGCAGACCAUGGACGUCCCUCCAGAUGUGGACGUGAAGGUGACGGCCGCCUGUAAGGGAGAUCUCAAGUACGAAGAUAAGGACAGCUGUGCAGCCGGGGACAAGGUGAAGUUUAACGUCCACGUGACGUUGGAGGACUGCCCGGCGGAGGACCAGGACUACUUCAAGAUCAAGCCGGUCGGCAUGCACCACGAGAAGACAGUGGUUCUGGACUACACCUGCAGGCCUAAAGUUGUCAAACCGAAGCCUUCCUUUGACGAUUUGGAUCUUACUGGGUUCCAAGGACAGGACGCGGAACUUGCUGUGGAUAGCGACCCGUGUUCAGCCAAGUUUGACGACAUCACUGAUGUAAUCACUGGUAAGGUACCAGAGAACGGUGAUGCUGUCGUCGGAGACGUAGCGUACGCCUUCAGCGGCAGCUACCUGUGGAAGAUGGGAGCAAACGGCACAGAAGACCCGGUCAAAGUGGACGAAAUGUUCGAUGGACUGACCGAGGGGAUCGACUCUGCCUUCACGUCACGAUGGACCCGGAUGAUGUACUUCAUGAAAGGAAGUCAAAUUUGGCGGUACACCCAACUGCACACCGGAGAAAUAGAUCUGGACAACGGCUUCCCUCGUAACGUCAACACCACGGGCAUCCCAACCAACCCUGACGCCUCUCUGGCCCGGGCGUACCAAAUCUUCUUCUUCAAGGGCAACAAGUACUGGCUGUGGAACGAGUUCAGCGGCCGUACUGCUCAUGGAUACCCGCAAAAAAUAAAGGUGUCCUGGCCGGGCGUUCCUGACGGUAUCCAGGCGGCCUUCCACGGCGCCGACGGAAUGAUCUACUUCUUCAAGGACGACAAGUACUACAUGAUGGACCAACACCUGCUGGAGAAGGCCAAGGAGGAGUCUCGCGAGAACCCGCGACCAUGGAUGGGCUGUAAAUAAACUGUACCAUGUGCUGCAGACAGGGUCGUAACCCCACAGGACAGUGGGGCAGUCAGACACACUUCUACUAUACUAUACUGUACCAUCGAUUAGGCCAUAGCAAAACAACACAAGCUUCUGUAAUACAAC